AUGGACAGGAGACCAAGGCGGGAGGAGGAAGAGGAGAAGGAGGAGGAGGAGGAGGAGGAGGAGGAGGAGGAGGAGGAGGAGGAGGAGGAGGAGGAGGAGGAGGAGGAGGAGGAGGAGGAGGAGGAGGAGGAGGAGGAAGAAGGCUACCUCAAUAACGAUCUUGCCGAAGGAGCGAACCCGGCUUCAUCUGGUUCGCUUGCUGCAAACGUUAAGUUCUAG